AUGACGAACAAAGCAAUCACAGCAUCAGAUGUAUAUUCUGUGGACUCCAAGCUUAUGGUAGUUGUGGAUGUGUUAAAAGAAGUGAUAGUUAUGGUAAUCUCUAUAGUGGAGUCACUGUUAUCUCUCAUAUCUAUGCCUUGGCUGGACAGAAAAUCAGCCAAAGGGUCUUUCACGGCCAAGUUUAUGCGGUCGAGUGGUGGAAGUUUAUAUGAUAUUUGGGACGAAGAAGAAGUUCAAAGUGCAAGCAAAAGAAUUGAAGGCUCGGAGAUCGCCAUUGAAGUUGUUGAAGUUGAGUUGGAGUGCAUCUCUAGGCUUUUGAUUCAAACUAGGGUUUCACUACUCAACAUACAUACCCGCUGA